AUGGAGUAUGAAAAUUAUUUUUAUGUUAAAAAUGGUUCAAAAAGAAACAACAUAAUUUAUUACAAAUGCAAAGAAGCAGCAACGUACAUGUGUCGUGGUUCCAUGAAAAUCACAGCUGACAAUAAUGUACAUUUGGUAAGAAACCACAAUCAUGCACCUGAUCCAAGUAUUAAAGCCAUGAAUAAUUUCAAGAAAAGUUUGAAACAACGCAGUAUUAAUGAAGUAACUUCAUUGAACGCCAUUUAUGAGGAUGAAGCCAGGCGAAACCCAGAAUCUGCUACCAAAUAUACAUGGAAAUCAGCUGAAAGUUAUAUGAGGUGGAGUAGGAGACGUUCGUUGCCAACUGUGCCGGGAACAUUAAGAGAGCUAGCUGAUCAAUUUCAAUAUGGGCUUCUUGAAAGAUACCAAAGUUGUGGUGAAGUUAUAUAUAAAGGUUGUGUAGAAGAUACAUCUGGGAAUAAUUCAAUAGUUUUUGCUUCUAAAAGUUUAAUACUGAAGGCUCUAGAAAUGGAAGUAACGGAAAUGCAUGUUGAUGCUACAUUUCGGGUCAUUCCGUCAACUCCUAAGUCUUACCAAUUACUCAUAAUGCAUGUGAUGGUAAAUAACCAUAGUAUUCCUAUAGUAUAUGCCUUAAUGGAACGCAAGACUUCCCAGGCUUAUGAUACAGUACUAAACUUUAUAAAAGUAAAUUUACUGCCUGAGUUUAGGCCUACGAUUAUAUUAACCGACUUUGAAACCGCAUUAAGAGAAAUGUUGAUUAGGCAUUUCCCAUCAGCUACAGCCCAUGGAUGCUGGUUUCAUAGUAACCAAGCUGUGUGGCGAAAAAUGCGUAAAUUAGGAUAUUUAAAUUUAGUAAACACCAAUGGUUAUGCAUCAAAAGUUUUGAAAAUGAUUAUGGUUCUUCCACUUUUGCCUGCUAGGAAAAUUGAAGAAGGCUUUGUUGAAGUAAAACGUUAUGCAGCGAGAAAUAGCAUAAACGUGCGACGUCUCUUCAACUAUUAUGAAAGAUAUUGGAUACAAAAUGUUGGAGUUGACUUACUUUCUGUGCACAAAAAAAAAUUUAGAACUAACAACAAUAUCGAAAGCUUUCACAGCAAACUAAGACAAAUUUUUCAAGUUUCCCAUCCUAAUAUUUGGUCAUUUAUCGCUAAUUUAUGCAAAAUAAAUGACAAUUAUUUGAUCAAGCUUGAACAAAUAGGCAACGGAUUGGUAAUAUCACGUUGCUCUCGAUCUAAAUAUUUAGCUAAUGACAAAAAGAUAAAAUCAGCAAGUCGCCAACUGCGUCAAGGUUCAAUAAAUAUCCUGACAUUUCUGUUGCGCUGUUCUUAUACUGUUGAAACAUACGAAGAACGGAUGCGUUUGUUGACAUUAAAUGAGUUGGUUGAGAAUGAAGGCGGUGAAGACCCACCUCAUGAAGAACAACCCAACAUAAUAGAUGAAAUAAUAGUUGAAGAGAAUAAUGAUGAUGAAGAAAAUGAUGAUGAAAUGCAAAAUUAUGAUGAAGUGCAAAAUGAUAAUGAAAUGCAAAAUGAUGAUGAAGUGCAAAAUGAUAAUGAACAAAAUGAUGAAAUGCAAAAUGAUAAUGAACAAAAUUAUGAUGAAGUGCAUAAUAUUGUAGAAAUUCCUAUUGAAAGAGAGUACCUAAAUGUUAUUGAAAUCAAUAUUUUCAAUAAAUUAAUGUAUGUUUUUAACUUAGAUGUAAUAGAGGAAAAUGAAGAUAAUGUAGAUGUAAUUAAUGUAGACAAUGGAAACCUUGAGCCAGAAAAUGUUAACGACUGGGAUGAAAGGGAUUUUUGGAUUCCGGAAGAUUUUGAGUUGGUAAGAUGGCAGGAGAAUUAUGGCAAUGAAGAAAACCUUGAUGAUAUUCCUUAUGUCCAAGUCAAUCAUAAUCUGCAAGUAAAUCUACAAGAUGAAGAAACAAUUUGUGUUGUCUGCAGAGAUGGUACUAGAACACAUGCACCUGUACCAUGUGGUCAUAAAGUGCUAUGUGAAUAUUGUGCAAACCAGCUAGUUAAUGAUCGUUGUCCCAUUUGUAAUGGACAAUGCAAUAGUAUCAUUCGCAUUUGGCAAUAG